AUGGCGGAGCUGCACGUCGUCGGGGAGAUCGUGGGGGCGCACGGUUUCGAGGACAGGAAUCUGUUCUGCAAGUGGGGCGUAGAGGCGGGAAGCAUGUGGGACCUCGUCGAGGGCGAGGCGGGCGGGCAGACGCAGUGCGACUAUCCCCCCGACGGCGAGCCCGGGGUGGUCUGGGCGCACCCGGUGGAUCUGCACUACGCGACCAAAUCGCUCAUCGGCUGGCCGAAGAUGUGGUUCCAGGUGUGGUGCCUCGACGUCCACGGCGCGAAAGACCUCGCGGGGUACGGAUUCUGUCACGUCCCGACGUCGCCCGGGAUGCACGAGGUCGAGGUCGCGACGUGGGUCCCGGAGGGGAGCGGGAUCGAGAAGCUCACCGCGUUUUUCGUCGGCGGGCGACCGAGGUUGAAGUUCGAGGAGGUGAUUCACUCCCCGGGGGAUCGGUUCCGGUUGCAGACCAGAGCCGCGGGGGUCAUCAAGCUUCAGCUCGGCGUGUGCGUGCGCGAUUUCGCGAAAUACGCGGUCGCGCAGUGAGCGACGAGACGGACGGACGGACGGACGGAGGCGGGUCGAGUGUACAGUUGACGCUAGCGAUGUGGACGGAUCAAAUCUAUCACUCU